AUGAGAGCUGCCCCUCUGCACCUGACCCGGACAGUAAGCCUUGGCUGCCUGCUCCUGCUUUCCCUCCGCCCGGACCCAGGCCAAGCUAAGGAGCUGAAGUUUGUAACGUUGGUGUUUCGGCAUGGAGACCGAAGUCCCAUCGAUACUUUUCCUAACGACCCCAUUAAAGAAUCCUCAUGGCCACAAGGAUUUGGUCAACUCACCCAGCGGGGCAUGGAACAGCAUUAUGAACUUGGAAGUUAUAUAAGGAGAAGAUACGGAAGAUUCUUGAACGAUUCCUAUAAACAUGACCAGGUUUAUAUUCGGAGCACAGAUGUUGACCGGACUUUGAUGAGUGCUAUGACAAACCUUGCGGCCCUGUUUCCCCCAGAGGGGAUCAGCAUCUGGAACCCCAGCCUGCCCUGGCAGCCCAUCCCGGUACACACAGUGGCUCUCUCUGAAGAUCGGUUGCUCUACCUGCCUUUCAGGGACUGCCCUCGUUUUCAAGAGCUCAAGAGCGAGACUUUACAAUCUGAAGAAUUCCAGAAGAGGCUUCAUCCAUAUAAAAGCUUCAUAGAAACCUUGCCAUCGCUGUCAGGAUUCCCUGGCCAGGAUCUCUUUGGAAUUUGGAGUAAGGUUUACGACCCUUUAUAUUGUGAGAGUGUUCACAACUUCACCUUGCCCUCCUGGGCCACCGAAGACGCCAUGACUAAGUUGAGAGAGUUAUCAGAAUUAUCUCUGCUAUCGCUGUAUGGGAUUCACAAGCAGAAAGAAAAAUCUAGACUCCAGGGAGGUGUCCUGGUCAGUGAAAUCCUCAAGAACAUGAAGACUGCAACUCAGUCACAGAAGUACAGAAAAUUUGUCAUGUAUUCUGCACACGACACUACUGUGAGUGGCCUGCAGAUGGCGCUAGAUGUUUAUAAUGGAAUUCUACCUCCCUACGCGUCUUGCCACAUAAUGGAAUUGUACCAAGAAAAGGGGGGGCACUUCGUGGAGAUGUACUAUCGGAAUGAGACCCAGCACGAGCUCUACCCACUCACACUGCCAGGCUGCACCCACAGCUGCCCUCUGGAGAAGUUUGCAGAGCUAGUGGAUCCCGUGAUCCCACAGGACUGGUCCACGGAGUGUAUGGGCACAAGCAAUCACCAAGUCCUGAGGGUCAUCCUUGCCAUUACCUUUUGCCUGGUAUCUGGUAUCCUAGUGAUACUGCUGCUCGCCCUCAUCCGCCACGGGCCCUGCUGGCAGAGAGAAGUCUAUCGGAACAUCUGAACAGACGGCUGACCUCCAGGGACAACAUCUCUCAGUGAGGUGGCACCUUCAGGGU